UAUUUUAACCUAAAAGAAUUGCCGCCAUCGUCCAAUUUGUUUAUGAACGAGCAACUUUCAGACCGAGACAGCCGCCAAUAGAGAACUGAAAGAGAUCAGCAAAAGGAACCUCAAGCAUGCCGACCCUUACAAAGCUUUAUACAAUGGAAGAAGCCUCUCAGCACAAUACCAAAGACGAUUGUUGGGUCGUUAUUGACGGCAAGGUAUAUGAUGUUAUUCCUUAUUUGGAUGAGCAGCGACAGGGAAGGAUGCAACAGAUGAUUUUGAAGAUGCCGAACACAGCAAAAGUGCAAAGGAGCUCAUGCAGAACUUUUGCAUUGGUGAGCUUGACACAUCUGCUCCAAUCAUCCCAGAACUUGAAAUUGCAUCCAAGAAGGAAACAGCCAAUUACUCCCGGAAUCUCAUGGAUUUGACAAAGCAAUAUUGGGCUGUUCCUGUUGCAAUUGUUGGAAUCUCUGUGGUGGCUGGUUUAAUAUACCUCCGUAAAAAGUAAUGCAAUUUGAUUUUUCCCUAUUGGCUGCUGAAAGGGAAUACUUCCCAAAAUUUUGAAUAAUUAGAUGGAUAAUGAUUAAGAACAUUUAGCCAUUUUUAUUUUUAAGAAUCUGAGGGUAGGGUUUGUUCAUUGAUUACCUUCUUUACAAUACAUGCAUGAUAGGAUUGAAGAACAGGGAAAAUGCUUGUAGUAAUACAAGGGGAAGGGAUUUGUUGUCAAAUUGGAUUGUUUUAAGUUUUGAACCAGUUAAAUGAGCUUGAGGAUGUAGUAAAUUGAUGAUUUUGUGGGUAUAUAUGUCCCUGAAUAAUAAAAUGCUAGUCCAUGAAAA